AUGGCGGAAACACACCUACCCGAAGAUAUUAUAGUGACUAUCCUCUCUUGGCUUCCCGUGAAAUCCUUGAUCCGAUUCACCUGCGUUUCGAAACGCUUCCGUUUCAUUAUAUUGUCCGACCCCAUAUUCGCCAAAUCUCAAUACAAAGCAGCUUGUGAGCAGAAAACCCUAAGUCGCAGACUCCUCCUCCUCUCGUCACACGCCACCACUCGUCUGGUAUUCCGAGACUUGGAAACGCCGUCGUUUGGGGACACUUGUUCGUUUAGAAGUCUGAAUUUCCGUUGCCAGAAAGAGGGCGGUUAUGUCAGGCUACUGGGGUCCUGCAGUGGAUUGCUAUUCAUUUUAACAGGAUUUGAUAAAUUUCCCGAUAAAUUUUACAUCUGUAACCCAUCAACUGGAAUGUUGAAGGAACUACCAGACCCUGGUUUUACCGCAAAAAAUCCUGAUUUCUGGUUCUCCCUCUACCAUGGUCUUAGCUAUCUGCCUGCUACUGACAACUACAAAGUUUUCGUAGCCUCCGAAAAUGUGUACCUCCGUCGUGAUCAGGACUUUCGUGAGGUUGAGGCCAAGAUGUUCUCAGUAAGAGAUCACGUUUGGAAAAGGAUUGAACCCCGACCUCAAUCAUACGAUCAAUUAUUCGAUGGUCAGGGGACUGUUUCAAAUCAUGCACUUCAUUGGAUAUACAGAAAAGACGAGAUAGUUGCUUUUGAUCUGAUUAAGGAGGAGUUCCGGAGCAUGCGACUGCCUAAUUUCGAUGAUGUUAGUAAUUAUACCAUCAGCCAUCUUGGGGUGUGUCUCGGAGGAUGCCUGUCUGUAUCUCGAAUAUCAUAUUAUGGCAGCAUUAAUUUAUGGGUCAUGAGAGAGUAUGAUGUGAGUGACUCCUGGACUGAACUCUUUUACUUGAAGUUCUCCAAUCCGAUUGAGCCCUGUUCGCGAUACAUAACACCAUUUAUUGGGGAAAAUAGUAUAAUUAUCAAGGUUUGGGGUGUCAACGGUACGGGUGUCUACAACACCAUAUUGAUGAGGUUUGAUGAUAAAGGAGAGGCAAAUGGCAGGUAUAUAAUUGAGCAAGAUCACGUUAACAUAAUUCAAUAUGAAGAGAGUCUACUUUGGAUUGAAGAUUACCAUGGCGUCGAACAGAAAGAGCAGCAGGUCAAGAGACUCAAAACCCACACUACAAGAAAAGUAGUCUACAACAACAUCAUAAUAACAACAUGCUCUAAAUGCUCGUUGUUACAUACAAUCUUCUACAACGGGCAAAGAAUGUACAUUGUAAAAAACAAUUUGUCACCACAUGCGUCAUUUGCAUGUUGUUAA